CUGUGCACAAAGCAGAGAUACAGUUCUGUGGAGGCAAGCAUGUUAUGCUGGGAGCAGUCAAGAUGCAGACAAGUGGGAUCAGAAAUCCACAUGGAUGGGGUACUACCACAAGUUAGCCCUUUGAAUGAAAUCUUCAGGGAUGAUGAAGUUCAGCAGAUCUGCUGCAGAGCUCGAUUCACUGUGUAUUUAUUGAAAAAUGGCAGAGUUUACAUUUUAUUUAAUGAGCAGAGGAAAAGAGCACGGCCAGAGCUGAUUAAUGGGUUGGAAGAGCUGAAGAUUCACUGCAUGGACAGUGGAACAGCACACAUUCUCUAUGUUUCUGAAGGAGGGGAUGUGUUUUUCAGCAAACUACAAAACAAGAAGCACAGAAGUUUCAUGAAACCUUUCAAAAUCACAGAGCCACAGCUACUGAGAAGCUUAGCAGGAAAGUGUGUUAUUCAGGUUGCCUGUGGAAACAAUCACUCAUUGGUUCUGUGCAAAGAUGGUCAAGUCUUUGCAUGGGGACAGAACACUGGGGGCCAGUUGGGCCUUGGCAGGAGUGGUCACUGUGUGCUCAGCCCCCAACGUGUGGAAUCACUGACGGCAAUCCCUAUGGCUCAGAUUACAGCAGGUGGAGCUCACAGCUUUGCGCUCUCCCUCUCUGGGGCAGUGUACAGCUGGGGAAGAAAUAACCAUGGACAGCUGGGGCUCGAUGACACAAAAUCUCGGAAACUUCCCACGUACGUAAAGCUAUUGGAAUGUAAGAAGAUCGUCUACAUUUCCUGUGGAGCGCAACACACUGCCCUGCUUACUAAGGAUGGGUCUGUUUUUACCUGCGGGGCUGGGAGCUAUGGACAGCUUGGACACAGCACAAGAAGUGAUGAGAUUAAACCACGGUUGGUUACUGAGCUACUUGGGAGUGAAGUCUCUCAGAUUGCAUGUGGGAGCUAUCACACGUUGGUCUUAGUGGCGUCAUCUGGCAAAAUCUACUAUUAUGGUGGUAUCGAGAACAGACAAACAGGAAAUGAAAAACACAGUCAUCGGAUGGUGCCCAGUCCUAUUACGUUCUUAAUCAGUAUACCUCAUGGCACAGAACAGAUUCACGUGACAAUGAGUCAUUCUGCUUCGGAAUUCACCUCGGCACACACCAGGAGAAUGACAAGAGCAGCUGCAAACAGAGUCGAUAGGCACAAGCGGACAAUUAUCACACCAUACUUGGUCCGUGCAACCAGCACACCAGCCAAACAGCGGAGGAUCAAUGGCAAAGAGCGAACGACGCCAAAGUUAACCACACAACCGCUUCCCAGUGGAACCAGGGCUGAGCACGAAACCAAAGCAAACAGGAAACGUCAGCACGGCAGCCAACUCCGAAAGGCCCAGGUUCCAUCGAGACAAGAGCUGGCAAAGUCAUCGGCAGCCAUUGAUACAAACUCCAGUAUUCAAGAUUGUAUAAUGCAGCCAACAGUCAAAAGGAUCUUUGCAGGAGCUAACCAAGGAUUUGCAUUGUGCGGUGUUGAAGUGGAUUCAGUUUCUCCUGAAGUUGAAUGUCCAUUCCUCACUCUGAAGAGAAUUGCUACUGUUGAAGAUUCUCUUCUGGACAAAUGGAGUGCAACAGAUGAUGAGGAACUGUGGGAAAACACAAAGAAGGAAAUUGAUCUUAUCUUUUCUUCUGCUGCAUCCCUGAAUGGAAGUUUUCUGGAAAUAAGCAACGAUGAUCAUUUCAAAACAGGCCUAGCAUCGUCAGGAGUUGACAUGUCAGCAAUGAGCGUAUGGUUUGAGAAACUGGGGAAAAAUCCAAGACUUUUACAAGAGGUAACCAAUGCAGUUCAGACAAAUUUGAUUCCAUCGCUCUCCACAUCUCCUAUUGGUGUGGAAGCUCUUCGCAUUUAUCUGGUUUUGCCUGAACUCCUUGAUGUUCUGACUGAGCAGAGCAACAUUGUGAUGCUUUCAAGUCUUUUGAGCUCAGCCACUGCAUCACUUGAGGGAAGCCAACUGGAAAUCCUUGAAUCUUGGUGGAGUCACCUCAAUGAAUUUUUCUUCAAGAAACUUGUGACAAUGUAUCGAGGUGCAUCUUACAGACUUCUUCAAGAGACUUCCAGCAGCCAAAGGGAAUUUCCUGAUAAACUGUGCAAUUGUCUCAAUAUUUUGCAAAGACUUUACAAGAUAAAUUCCUCAGUGGGUUUUCAAAUCCAGGAGAACAGUUUCUACAUUGCUCCUGCAGAGGUCUUCAGGGAAACUCCUAUUUCCUGUGACAUUGGUGCCAGUACCUGGGAAAGACGAUGCUGUUCCACUGGAACAGUCUUCACCUGGACUCCACUAAGACUCGUGUUCUGGCAAGUUAUGCAACUGGGGCAUUUGAGAAAGAACAAUACAGCGAACUCACUGAUAUCAUUACUGAAAUUAAUUCCCUACUCCUGCAUUUUUAAUAUGGAAACAAAAAUUCAGAUUUUCAAAAGGAUCUCGCACCUGAAAAUUCGGGGAGAAAAAGUCACUGAUGAAAAGAUUAUUUUUGGCUAUAAGGCAAUCUAUGAUAGCCUUAUUCAGGAUAGCAAUUAUUCUAGUCUGGAAAUUUGUCCUUCCACUGGGAACACCGAAACGUCCAAUGGGAACAUUGGUGCUUCUACUGGGAAUACUAAUGUCUGUCAUGACAAUGUUGAUAUCUCUACAAGCAUCACUGAUGCCUCUACUGCGUACACUGAGCCAUCUUAUAGCAAUAUUGAUACAUCGAUAACAAACGUUGAUGCCUCUGCUAGGAUAGUUGAUGUCUCUACAGAGAUGAUCAUUGAUGCCUCUGUUGGAAACACUGGUGCACCUAACAACAAUAUUGAAACCUCUACAGGGAAUGUUGAUGCUCCUGCUGAGAUCGCUGGUACCUCUACCAGAAACACUGAUGCACCUAAUGACAAUCUUGAUGCUUCUACAGGGACCACUGAUGCAUUGACUGGGAGGAAUGUUGGUGACUUCACUGGGGUCAUUGAAUCUACCAGGAACACUGGUGUCCCAAAUGAAAGCAAUGAUGCCUCCUUUGUUGACACUCAAACCAUCAACUUGGAUGAGAUUUCAAAUCAAGACCAGGUCAACUUUGUAUUUGAUGACUAUGAUGAUUAUGAUGACUAUGAUGAUUAUUGUGGUUCUCCUCUGUUCAUUAAUGAAGUUGAUAUCUUAAAUUGCCGCCGCAUAUUGAACAAUUUACUUAAUUUCCCUGACACUGGAUGCCAUCUAGAAAUCGACAGAACACAGAUCCUUCAAAGCACAUUAGCACAAUUAAGAAGCUGUGAUGAAAUUAGACUUCGUGAUUUCUUCCAGGUCACGUUUAAGGGUGAACCAGCUAUUGACCAAGGUGGUGUGUCAAAGGAGUUCUUUUCCAUUAUUACCGAGGAGCUGUGUACUCAACCAAAAAUAUUCAAGUCUUUUGAGGAAUCCAGGCUUGUUUGGUUUCCAGAAUGGGACCCUGAAAUCAUUGAUGUCUUUCACUUGGUGGGAAUCCUCUGCUGGCUUGCUCUAUACCAUGGCUUUGUGGCAGAUUUUCACUUUCCAUUGGCUCUCUACAAGAAGCUGCUUAAUGUCCAACCAACUUUGAAUGACCUGAAAGAACUCUCGCCAACUUUAGGCCGCAAGCCUGUAGGGAGAGAAAUGGUUGAUGGAUCAGUUACUGAACAUGAACUUAUUCCCAAUGGUAAAAACAUUCCUGUAACAAAACAGAACAGAAAGCAGUUUGUUGAUUCCUACAUCGACUAUGUGUUUAACACAUCAGUAGAGAAACACUUUAAAGCCUUUGCAAAAGGAUUUCGAAGGGCUUGCCCACUGCCGGCUGUCGAUAUUUUUCUGCCAGUUGAGCUGAUGGCUGUGAUUCAUGGAAACACCAAUUAUGACUGGCAUCAGCUGGAGAAAAACACAAAGUACCAUGGAUACGUGGAGGCUGACAAAUCCAUUGCAAAUUUUUGGGAGAUGUUUCACGGACUGACAGAGGAAGCAAAGAAACAUUUUCUCGCCUUCCUAACAGGAUGUGACAGGAUUCCAGUUGGUGGCAUGAGGAACCUCAGCAUUACUAUCGUGCAUGUCCCAAAGGAUGAUCCCGAUUUGUACUUCCCAGCUGCCCACACCUGUAACAUGAUCUUGGAUCUGCCCAAGUACAGCAGUAUGGAAAUUCUGAAGGAGAGAUUCCUGCGUGCAAUUGGAUGCUGUAGAAAAUUUGGCAUACAGUAAUGACAAAUCUUCAGAAGACAUUUCUUUAUUUUGACUAUAAUUAUUCUUAUUGGUCAUCAAUUCACAGUAAUUGAAUCUACACAGUGGCUCAUCCCCAUCCUUUCUACCACAACCUCUUAUUACCAUUUACACCUGUGUAAACAUUGACCUGAUAUAAAAAGUGACCUGUAAGGUUUUGGUUUAGAAGGUCAUAAUUUUUCAUAUGCUUCAUGUAAGCAUCAACUUUGGUUUUUCAAGAUUUAUCGACCAUCAGCUGCUCCCGUCCCUGAUCCUUCAAGACCCUCACUUUGCACUCUCACCUACACAAAAGACAGGCAGGAGACACUGUCUGAGGAAAGCCCUAGUGUCGAUCAGCUUGUCCACCUGGAGCUGCUUGAACAGAUGCUCUGGUAAAAUGGGUACUACAGGCGGCCAAACCCCAGCGCUCCCUGAUGAGGCAAUACCACAACGGAAAGAUCUGUCAAUGUAACCCCCAUCCCCCUAAUACCCUCUUCCACUCCACCCACCCUCCCCACUCCCCUCUCCCCGCACCCAGCUCAGAACUAAACUACACAACUGUCUGGCUGUGAAAUACCAGAAUCACGGAGAAAGCAGGAGAAAGGCACUAGUUAAUGAUGCUCUUUGAAGAGCUGGAGCAGAAAUGAUGGGCUGAAUGGCCUGCUUCUGUAACAUAACACUUCUGUGAUUCUGUGGAUUCACCUGGUGGUACCAAUAGCAACACACCAAGAUCAUCGGACAUUCCUAGAUAACCAAUCCUGUACAAGAUACUGCAAAUUAACCCAAAUUAACUGCAUAAAUAUCUCAAAAAUAUUACAGUAUUUUUGUAAAAGUUGAUACUUAAAUUUCUGCCUAAGACAUUGACCUCAAAACUUCACCUUUCUAUGAACAUAUAUAGUUGAUAGUUUUAGUUGAUUGGCUCUUAAUUUAUUCACAUUUUGGAUGUGACAUCAGCAGUUAACAAACUGUAAUUGAAGGAGAUUAAGAUGAUUAUAGUUUCAGGUUUAAGGCAAUAACUAUCAUAAUGUCUCUGGCAAUAAGUCAGUCUUAAACAUGUGUCUUUUUAUACUGCUCAGGAUACUGGUGGCAUCAUGUUCAUAGACUGUAUGUUGGAUAGAAUAAGAAGGAAUGGAUAAUGUUUCAACCUCCAACAUUUGUGAAGUGGUGUUUUCCCACUAAUUGGUUGUGGGAUUGGAGUAGGUGGGACGGCUAGAUAUCCUGGUGCAUUUGAGCCUCAGCAAUUUGUUGCUAUUGUCCCCUUAAAGUAAAGAACCAUCCGAAGGCUCUUCAGGGGAACAUUACAAAACAAACUAUGACGUACAGCCAUGGAACAAAUCCUCGGUCAGAUAACCA